AUGGGUGCAACUAGGAUAGAUGGAAAGGCGAUCGCGCAGAAGAUCAGAGAACGUCUGGCGAACGAGAUACGAGACAAGCAGAAGUCCAAUCCGCGUUACAAACCGUGCUUGAAGAUCAUACAGGUGGGAGAACGACCAGACUCAACCACGUAUGUACGCAUGAAGUUGAAGGCGGCCGAGGAGGCUGGCAUUGACUGUACACUGUCACACCUUCCUUCCGAGAUCUCUGAGCCUGAGCUAUUGCAACAAAUCUCCGACUUCAACAAUGAUCCCUCUGUCCACGGUAUCCUUGUCCAGCUACCUCUCCCGAAGCACAUCUCGGAACACGCCAUCACUUCUGCUGUAUCGGACGAGAAAGACGUGGAUGGCUUUGGUACUUACAAUAUUGGUGAGCUUGCCAAAAGAGGGGGAAAGCCAUUCUUCGUCCCCUGCACACCGAAGGGAGUCAUGGUAUUGUUGGAAGAAAGCGGCGUCGAGAUCAAAGGCAAAACAGCUGUAGUCCUUGGGCGCAGUGAUAUCGUAGGCAGCCCAGUGAGCUAUCUGCUCAAGAAUGCAGACGCUACUGUCACGGUCUGCCAUUCCAAGACACAGAAUCUCAAGGAGGUGGUCAAGCAAGCUGAUAUUCUAGUUGCUGCAAUUGGUCAAGCCCAUUUUGUCAAGGGGGACUGGCUGAAGCCUGGCGUUGUGGUAAUCGACGUCGGAACAAACUAUAUCUCAGACGCUUCGAAGCCCUCAGGCCAGCGUCUGGUUGGUGACGUUGAUUUUGAUGCUGCAGUCGAGGUCGCUUCCCAGAUCACUCCAGUUCCCGGCGGCGUUGGCCCGAUGACGGUUGCAAUGCUGAUGCAGAACGUAGUCGAGUCGGCCUCUGCUUCCUUUGAUCGCCUGAAAAGUCGGCACAUCACGCCAUUGCCCAUCAAAUUGCAGUCACCUGUUCCUUCCGACAUCGCUAUCUCGAGGUCGCAGCACCCCCGGCACAUCACCCACAUUGCUGCUGAUGUCGGCAUCGCUCCCAACGAAUUGGAGCCUUACGGUGCGUACAAAGCAAAGGUUGACCUUUCCCUCCUCUCCAGGCUGCAACACCGUAAGAAUGGAAAGUAUAUCCUGGUCAGUGGCAUCACUCCUACUCCUUUGGGAGAAGGCAAAUCGACAACGACUAUGGGUCUGACACAGGCUCUGGGUGCGCAUUUGGGCAAAGUCACAUUUGCAAACGUCAGACAGCCCAGUAUGGGACCAACCUUUGGUAUCAAGGGAGGUGCAGCUGGAGGUGGCUACAGUCAAGUCAUUCCGAUGGAUGAGUUCAACCUUCAUCUUACUGGUGACAUUCAUGCUAUCACCGCUGCAAACAACCUGCUUGCCGCUGCGAUUGAUACUCGCAUGUUUCAUGAGUCAACGCAGAAGGACGGCCCGCUCUACAAGCGCUUGGUCCCAAGCAAGAAAGGAAAACGAGAAUUUGCUCCGGUCAUGUUGCGAAGAUUGAAGAAGCUUGGGAUUGACAAGACCGACCCCAAUGACUUGACCGAAGAUGAAAUUCGUCGCUUUGCCCGGUUGGACAUUGAUCCCGAAACCAUCACCUGGAGGAGAGUGCUUGAUGUCAACGAUAGGCACCUGAGAGGAAUCACGAUCGGUCAAGCCCCCACAGAAAAGGGGCACACACGACAGACUGCGUUUGACAUCUCUGUCGCUAGUGAAUGUAUGGCGAUUCUUGCGCUCAGCAACGACCUCAACGAUCUUCGCGAACGUCUUGGCAGAAUGGUGAUCGGGUUUUCCAAAUCUGGCGACCCCGUCACUUGUGAUGACAUUGGUGCGGGUGGCGCACUGACAGCCCUUAUGAGAGAUGCCAUCAAGCCCAAUCUCAUGCAAAGUCUCGAAGGCACUCCGGUCUUCGUGCAUGCCGGUCCAUUCGCCAACAUCAGUAUCGGAAACAGCUCUGUGCUAGCCGACAAAUUGGCGCUGAAGUUGGCCGGAACUGAGCCAGAUGAGGAUCACGAAGCCAAGGCUGGAUUUGUCGUAACCGAGGCUGGCUUCGACUUCACCAUGGGUGGUGAAAGAUUCUUCAACAUCAAGUGUAGGUCUUCUGGCCUUGUGCCUGAUGUUGUGGUAGUAGUUGCCACGAUUCGAGCCUUGAAAGUUCACGGUGGCGGCCCCGAGAUCUCAGCUGGUGCAGCACUUCCCGAGGCAUACCGCACUGAGAACAUUGAUAUGCUCAGGGCUGGCUGUGUGAACCUCAAGAAACAUAUUGCCAAUGCGAAAUCGUACGGCGUACCCGUCGUCGUUGCCAUCAACAAAUUCGAGACAGAUACUGAGGCUGAACUCAAGGUCAUUGAGGAAGAAGCUCUCUCCGCCGGAGCCGAGGCCGCUGUACCUGCCAACCACUGGGCAGAAGGUGGUGCCGGUGCCGUAGAUCUAGCCAAAGCCGUCAUCGAAGCCUCAUCCAAACCCAAGAACUUCAAGCUUCUGUACGAGCUUGAUGGCAGCGUCCAGGAGCGCAUCGAGAAGAUCGGCAAGGAGAUGUACGGCGCCGCAGCGGUCGAAUUUAGCGAGGUCGCGCAGAAAAAGGUGGACAUGUACAACAAGACUGGGUUUGGAAAUCUGCCCAUCUGCAUCGCAAAGACACAAUACAGUCUCAGUCACGACCCGGCGCUGAAAGGUGCUCCAUCCGGCUUCACCGUCCCUAUUCGGGAUGUCAGACUUGCUGCUGGAGCUUCGUAUUUAUAUGCUCUUGCUGCCGAUAUCCAAACGAUCCCAGGCCUUCCAACCGCACCGGGGUAUUUGAAUGUAGAUGUGGACUCUGAAACCGGCGAAAUCGACGGAUUGUUCUAG